GUGUUGCACAACAUCCGCAGAAGUGCUGCCAGUCAGUAUAAAAUACACACUUGGUUAAAUCUAUUGAAUAUAAACAUUGCGCAUGCAUGGACGUAGGCAACAAACAAUCAAAACUACUGCUAACAAACAGAACGACAACGGCGAUGUCACCCAGAAAUAACCAUGAUCCGACGUCCUCCGGCGGUGAUUCGGGCAACACAAAUGUGCAGGAGGCCGAUCUACAAGAGAUGGAGGACGUUAAUCAGAGUCUAGAUGCCUUGAGUUGCGCCCUGGACGCUGUGGAGCAGCGCACCGAUGACAUUCUGUCCCAGUUGCGUGUGCUCUUGGACUCGAAUCGCGAGAUUCGUCGUCAGCUGGCGCAGGAAAAAGACAAUGCCACCGAAGAGGAGGACCACCAAGACGACGAUGACGAGAUGGAGGGCGGGCAAGAGGGCGUGGCAGGCGUCAAUUAAUUGACACACAGUUGUAUAAACUAACAGUUAUUCUUUCUAUACACAACAUUUAUUGUUUCUUAACAAAUUUAUUGAUUUCUAUAUAUGAUAUAUAUGUAAUAAUUGUUACAACUA